AUGAACUUUGAUUUCGUUUUGCAGGUGCUCCUAGUCGCCUUCUCCUCAACAGUCUCCGCUGGACGCAUUCGAAGAGCGCUCGAUGGUCUCGAAGGAACUGGCUUCGGAUUUGAUAAAAGAGCUCUCAAUUCACUUGACGGAACUGGAUUCGGAUUCGAUAAAAGAGCUCUUGAUGGGCUUGAGGGUACCGGAUUCGGUUUUGAGAAGAGAUCAUUGAACUCUUUGGAUGGAACUGGAUUCGGAUUCGAAAAGCGGGCUCUUGAUGGCCUUGAUGGCACCGGUUUCGGUUUCGAGAAAAGAUCGUUGAACUCCCUUGACGGAACUGGAUUCGGAUUUGAUAAGAGAGCGCUUAACAGCCUUGACGGAGCUGGAUUCGGAUUCGACAAGCGUGCUCUGGAUGGCCUUGAAGGAACCGGAUUCGGAUUUGAAAAGCGUGCUUUGAACUCUUUGGACGGAACUGGAUUCGGAUUCGACAAACGUGCUCUUGAUGGCCUCGAUGGCACUGGCUUCGGCUUUGACAAACGCUCCCUUAACUCCCUGGAUGGCACUGGCUUUGGAUUCGAGAAACGAAUGUUCAAGAAUCACGCCAACAAGCAUUUCAAAUCGGCGCUCAGAAAUGUGAAAGGAUUGAAGCAACAUUGA